AUGCUUACGCUGCAAAUUCAUUCUCAAGAGUUAUACAACGAGUUAAUCUCACGUCAUAAUGGUAUUCAAUCAAGUUAUUUCGUUUUUAUUAAUGAAAAUACAAAUGAAGAAUUCUUUCGAAUAGAUUCUUAUAAAAUUCAACCACCACCUCCAAUUACAAUACAACCUCUAUCUAAUGUUGAUGAUAAUUUAGACCCAAAUCAAUUAUUUAACCAACUUUCGGAUCAAAUUGAUUCACAAAUUGUAGCUAUAGAGGAUACUAUUGAAGGAUUAUCAAUGCCAGUCGAUACAAAUUAUCAAGAUAAUGAUGAUUCCUUAGAUGGCGUAGAUAGUGAUGACGAAUUACCUGAUUUCGAUCAGACUGUUGAUGAACAGACCUUACAAGAACUUAAUAUUAAUAAAAGUUUAUCUGAAACACCACAAAACUUUAAAAAAUCUCAAAUACAGCAAUCUCGCAGUACAGAUGAUUUUAAUUCAUUAGAAAAACCUCCAAAGUUGAAUAGUUUACAGAAAGAAGCUGAAAAAUCACAAUCGGCGCCUGUAACCGCACAAAAUUCUCCAAAUUCUUCUCCAAAACGUGAAAUUAAAAAAACAUUAUUAAAAGAAAAGUUUGAUUUUACCGCGGUUAAAGAAAUACUUAAAUACAAUUUUCCUGCUAUUCCAUCACAAAAGGAUAUUUCUGACUUAAAGAGCAACAAUCAUGUUCCAAAAUACUUCGCCAAAACUUAUAGUUAUGUUAUUGAAAUUCUUGAAUAUUUACAUAAUGUAAUGCCUCUUAUUAAAAGCAUAAUAGAAAAACUUAAAGUGAAUAUAGAUGAUAUCGAAGAAGCUAUCACAAUUAUUCAAAAUAGAGGAGAAGAAAAAAAGUAUGAGUGUUCAGAACAAGAGAAGUUAAAACAUGUGUUUAUAUGCCUAAUCACAGGAAUAGGCUUUGAGAAAUACGUGGAAAUAAUGUCGUAUAACAAUAUUCAAGUUCCUUGCGUCAAAACAUUACAAAAAAACGCAGGAAGAGAUUGCAAAAUUAUUGGAAGACUUUGUCCUGAAUAA